GGAUAGGAUAAAUCCAACGGUCAAUGUCAAAUCGGUGACACCCAGCUAAGAUAGUAGGACCAGACCUUUAAUCGCAGUGUAUAGGAAUUGCUUUCUCCUGGUGGUAUUUAUGAAAGAAAAUCAGUUGACCGACGACAAUCAGGGGAAGUCUUCAAAUCCAACGGACCAAAAUUUCAAUUGGUUACCGAUAUUAGGGCAGUCGUUGCCGUAAGUAAGUAUUGACCUUAACCCCUUGCUUCCUAAACCCGUCCACACGAGUUGAUUCGCACGUACGAUCAGCAUUCAUUGAAAUUCAGACAGCUCUCUCUUCUUCCCCCUUCUCUCUCUUUCUUUGUAUUAUGAGCAAAGCAGCAUAUAAUUGGAAGAACAUUCCAAUACCUGAGCUCAGAUCUUGAACUUUCUCUCUCUCUCUCUCUCUCUCUCAGAGCCUCAGACUCAGCUUUCAGAGCCUGCAAAAAGAUCCAAGAUUGAAACUUGAGGAGGUGGGAGAGAAAGACCAGUUUUAGUUUUUUAGUUUUCUAUAAUUUUUUUUUUUUUUUUUUUUUAACAAUUUUGAGAAGUUGAUGUAGUCCAAACAAGGUUAUGUGAAGUAGUUGGAGAAAUGGAGGAAGGCAACGACAGAGGAGACUUGAAGUCAGCAUUGAGGUCAGGUGGCAGUUUUAAGUCCGCAUUGUCAGGGAGAUCAACUCCUCGAAAUUCUCCUUCCUUUCGAAGAUUAAAUUCUAGCCGAACUCCACGAAGAGAAGCUAGGAGCAGUGGUAGUGGUUUACAGUGGUUCCGAAGUAAUCGUGUAUUGUUUUGGUUGUUAUUGAUUACUCUUUGGACCUAUCUUGGAUUUUAUGUUCAGUCCAGGUGGGCUCAUGAAAACAAGGAUAACUUUUUGGCAUUUGGAAAUAAACGAAUCGGUAGAAACUCAGAAACAGAACAGAAUCUGCGACGUGACUUAAUUUCCAGUGACAUAUCCUUGGCAGUGAAGAAUGAAACUAGUGAAAACCAGGUUGGAGAUGGUAGGAGAAUAGAUGUUGUUUUGGCCAAGACAGGGAAUGGAGUAUCACCACCUUAUAAAGCGAACUCAAAGAAGAGGAAUAAGAAGGGAAAACGUAGUUUACACGGUAAAGUGCCUCCUAAACUGAAGAGCAAGGUCAAGGUUGAAAGGCUUGAAAUAGAGGAACAGGAACCGGAUAUUCCUAAGACAAAUACUUCUUAUGGGAUACUUGUUGGUCCAUUUGGUUCAACAGAGGAUAGAAUUUUGGAAUGGAGUCCUGAAAAGCGUUCUGGAACCUGUGACAGGAAGGGUGACUUUGCACGUCUUGCUUGGUCUAGAAGAUUUGUGUUAAUAUUCCAUGAACUUUCUAUGACUGGGGCUCCUCUUUCAAUGUUGGAACUAGGAACGGAGCUUUUAAGUUGUGGAGCCACAGUUUCUGCUGUAGUUCUUAGUAAGAAGGGGGGAUUGAUAACAGAGCUUGCUAGGAGAAGAAUUAAGGUGCUUGAGGACAAAGGAGAGCUCAGCUUCAAAACUUCCAUGAAGGCAGAUAUUAUCAUAGCCGGAUCAGCAGUCUGUGCAUCAUGGAUUGAUCAGUACAUUGAACGUUUUCCAGCUGGUGGAAGUCAAGUAGCCUGGUGGAUUAUGGAAAACCGAAGAGAAUACUUUGACCGGGCAAAAGUUGUUCUUAACCGAGUGAAGAUGCUAGUUUUUAUAUCUGAAUCACAGUCUAAACAAUGGUUAGACUGGUGUGAAGAAGAAAAGAUAAAGCUUAGGUCUCCGCCUGUAAUUGUUCCUCUUGCUAUUAAUGAUGAACUGGCUUUUGUAGCUGGCAUUAAUUGUACACUUAAUACUCCGUCUUUAACUCCUGAGAAGAUGCUGGAGAAAAGGCAGUUGCUGCGAGAUUCAGUCAGAAAGGAGAUGGGCUUGACUGAUAAUGAUAUGCUUGUGAUGUCUCUGAGUAGUAUAAAUGCUGGAAAGGGCCAGCUCUUGCUUCUUGAAUCAGCACGCUUGGUGAUUGAAAAAGAACGUCUGCAAGAUAUCUCCAAGAUAAGAAAACCAGUGGAUAUAGGCCAAGGACGGUCUAGCUUAGCUAAGAGGCAUCGUUUGAGAGCGUUUUUCCAAAACUCAAAAAAAAAUGGUUCUGUGAGCUCGGAUCGUGUUCAUAGGAGGCAAAUGUCGUCACAGAAUGGAGGAACUCCAGAUCAUUCUGUUAAAAUUCUUAUAGGGUCUGUUGGAUCCAAGAGCAGCAAGGUUCUUUAUGUUAAAGAACUUCUGAGAUUUUUAUCUGAGCACUCAAAUGUUUCGAAGUCAGUGCUGUGGACUCCGGCAACUACACGUGUAGCUGCACUUUAUGCUGCAGCAGAUGUCUACAUCAUCAACUCUCAGGGACUGGGAGAAACAUUCGGGAGGGUGACAAUUGAAGCCAUGGCAUUUGGUCUUCCGGUGCUUGGAACAGAUGCUGGAGGGACUAAAGAAAUUGUAGAGCACAAUUCAACUGGUCUUCUUCAUCCGCUAGGGCGUCCGGGAACUCAUGUCCUUGCAGAAAAUAUUAAGUUUUUGCUCAAAAACCCUAUGGCAAGGAAGCAAAUGGGGGAGAAAGGAAGACAAAAGGUGAAGAGGAUGUACUUGAAGCGUCACAUGUACAAGAAAUUUGUAGACGUUCUGGUCAAGUGCAUGAGAGCCAAGUAACAUCUACGACAUGAGGACGUUCUCAUUCUUUUCAUUGCUUCUGAAAGAUAGGGAUGUGGUUGGGUAUUAUUGAUAUUGAUUUGCUCCGCCCAAUUUAUUCUAAUUUUCUUUAGAAAGAUGAGGUACUUUUUGAUCCGAUAUAGUAGCUUUUCAGCUCAAUUUUUGGAGCAGUGUGCAAAUUCAAAUUCUUGAACUGGUUCAUUCACUUGGGCUGGCAGCUUCAAGAAAAAGCAAAUGUGAUAGUGGAAAGGUUUUUAGCCAACGAGUGUACCAUCCUGUCUUUUUUUCUCCACAUCAUAAAUUUGUGUGUUCGUUCCUCUCUUGUUCAAGCUUUGGUUGGCUUGGUCUCUGUUAGAUAUCGACUCAUAAGUACUUUAAAUUACUCAA